AUGCUUAAGCAUUUUGUUAUUUAUUGAUCAAGUGCUUUUAUCUUUAAUAACUACUUAAAUAAAUAUGUCAUUGUCUAACACUUCUGUUAAAGUGCCUUAUGAUUACCUAUUUAAAAUCUUAUUAAUAGGAGAUUCAGGUGUUGGUAAAACAUGUCUUUUAUUUAGAUUCUCUGAUGAUGCAUUUAAUACUACAUUUAUAGCAACAAUAGGUAUUGAUUUUAAAAUAAAAACUAUAGAAAUAGAUGGGAAAAAAAUAAAAUUACAAAUUUGGGAUACAGCAGGCCAUGAAAGAUUUAGAACAAUAACUACAGCAUAUUAUAGAGGCGCGAUGGGAAUACUUCUCGUCUACGAUAUCACGAACGAAAAAUCGUUCGAUAAUAUUAAAAAUUGGAUCAGAAACAUAGAAGAGCACACCACGACCCAUAAUUCGAAUUUUAACAAAGAUAUUAGUAGCCCUUCGUCCAAUGUCGAGAAAAUCAUAUGCGGAAAUAAAUGCGAUGUGCCCGCUCAAUUAAGACAGGUCUCCAAGGAAAGGGGACAGGAGCUUGCCAGUGAACAAAGUAUAUCAUUCUUAGAGACGAGUGCCAAAUCUGGGAUAAAUGUUGAAAAGGCUUUCCACAUAUUGGCCAACAAUAUAAAGAUUAAAACGGAACAAAAAUUGAAAUUGACAAAAUCUUUACAAACUCCUUCAUCCAAUUCUAGCAUUAAAAGCUUGAAGGACUCAAAAUUUAACGCAUCUUCGAAUAGCAACUCCUUCCUAUCAAAUAUACUUAAAUCGUGUACGAUUCUUUGAAAACUUAAUCACACACCAAAACAACUCACUAAUUUAAUUAUAUAUGAUAUGAUUAAUAAUUUAUGCAAAUCUUUAAAUAUUUACAUAAGCCGUUAAAGAAAUGUGAAUAUUUAUAUAUAUAAUGAAUAAGUUUAAAUGUUUCUUAAAAUUUCUAUUAAUACUGCAAUAAUUGUGUCAAUUUUUUUUUUAGAUUGUGAUCAUUUUAUAUAAACAUUAUUUUCUAAAAUAUAAUUAUUCACAAUACAAAAUUAUUAGCUAUCUUUUCUUUAGGUCACAAUAUUAUCCCCCUAACCAUAACAUAUAAUAAUCUCAUAAUUUAUUUUUAUAUCUAUAUAUUUUUUAUGGUUGCAA